AUGGCCUCUUCAACAUCGAAUAAUUUUUCAUCGUCGUCUCGUCAUGAAUUACCUAACAUAUCGACGAAAUUAAGAGUAUUAGAGGAGAAAUUGCAACGAGAAGGAAUUGAACCAGUCAUCCCAGUCAAUGUAAAUCUAACAGUAGGUCGAUCAACAAGAACAAGACCAAGGCCAGGACAUAUUAGUGGUGGAAGUUGCUCACCGUCUCGUGCCAGUUCCGCUCCGCCAACUAGAAAAGGUACAAAUUUUCAAUUACCAUUAUCACCACUAUCAGUACAACCAUAUACAAGUGAAGAUAUACGUGCAAAAUAUCUUGAAGUAAUUAAAAAUUCCGGUUUAUUAUACAUAAACGAAGUUCAACAACGUGUCGAUUUAAAAGAUUUGCGUCAUCUGUGUGACUUAGGACAUGGUUCAUGCGGCCAAGUGUUCAAAAUGGAACAUAUACAAACCAAAUAUGUUUUAGCUGUUAAAGUGAUGCAUCGAACAAGUAGUGAUGAAGAAAAUAAACGUAUUAUUAUGGAUGUCGACGUGAUUACAAAAAGCUACGAUUGUCCUUAUAUUAUUCGAUGUUUAGGAUAUUUUAUUAAUACAUCUGAUGUUUGGAUUUGUAUGGAAUUAAUGGCCUAUUGUUUUGAAAAAUUAUUGAAAUUAAUCAAUCAGCCAAUUCCUGAAAGUGUACUCGGAAAAUUAACAUUUACAACGGUGACUGCAUUGAACUAUCUGAAAGAGACACAUGGUGUGAUGCAUAGAGAUGUGAAACCAUCAAAUAUUUUAAUUGAUUCCAAUGGUAACAUCAAACUAUGUGAUUUUGGCAUAUGCGGGGUUUUAAUUGAGUCAAUGGCCAAAUCUAGAAAUGCUGGAUGUGCAGGAUACAUGUCACCAGAAAGAAUCGAGCCGCCUGAUCCAACGCGGCCUGAUUAUGAUAUUCGUGCUGAUGUAUGGAGCCUUGGAAUUACAUUGAUCGAAUUGGGAACAAACAAAUAUCCCUAUGUUGAUUGUAAAAACGAAUUUGAUGUGAUGUCACGAAUCGUUACAGAAGAACCACCGGAAUUACCAACAAAUUCGAUACAAUUUUCAGCGGAUUUUCGCUCUUUUAUUAAAUUAUGUUUGAUUAAAGAUUACAAACAACGACCAAAAUAUAAGCAAUUAAUGGUAUCUAACGAAUAUUGA